ACAGUCAGAGAAGCAGCUCGAACCAUGAUGUUCCUAAAUCGACGUUGAAUCGUUCAAUCAAGGGACUUGUAAACACUGGAAAGAGAGGCACAUUUUCCACGGUGUUCAGUCAAGCAGCAGAAGCAGAAUUCGUGACCCACUUGUUGAAGCUUCAGACUAUGUUAUAUGGACUGACUUACGAUGAGUUGAGAAUUUUAGCAUAUGAAUAUGCGGAAAGCAAUGGUAUCCGUCAUCCUUUUAACAGAGACACGAAGAAAGCCGGACAAGACUGGAUAAGUGGUUUUAUGAAACGGCAUCAAAGACCCUGCUUAUCUUUGACAACCACUGCUAUCCAUAUCACCACACCCCUUAAAGUGUACUACGAACUAGAAUGCCACAAGUGGAUGACGUCCAAUGCUGGAAAACAAAUUACACAAUAUGAAGUUGGAGAGCUCUUUGCAGCUGCAUAUUUCCGGUGUGCAUCAGUUGGAAAGGCAGCAAAGGCAUUUGAAUGCACCGGCAUAUACCCAUUCAAUCCAGACAUAUUCACAAAUAUUGACUUUGCACCUUCUGAAGUGACUGAGAGGGAAUAUCCCCAUACAGACCCUGCAGAACAUCAGGAAGACCCCGUAGAACAUCAGGAAGACCCGGAGAACCUCAGGCAGACCCUGCAGAGUCGGGCAAAUCAGACUAAAGAAAAAGGAAUAUCUGUAACAACCAAAGAAAUUAGGCCUAAUGAAGAAUACCGCUGCAUUUUUUGUAGCGAAAAAUAUGAGGAACCCUUAACAGAGGACUGGAUCAUGUGCAUGGCAUGUAAACAGUGGUGCCAUGAGGCAUGUGCUUAUUUAGACAUGGAAGGACACUUCAAUGUUUAGACUUUCCCAUCCUGCCACAAAGUGGGCCGUCACCAAGAAUUUUUUUGAUUAUUUGUAUGGCAGACCUCUUUAUGUGGCCGCAACAGCUAAACUAGAUGCUACGCAACGGCGGCGGAACGUUUUUGAAAGUUAGGGGCCUUUUUAUAAGGUAAUAAUUAAUCCAGAGCCCGGAAAUGGUACUUCAACAGUGGCGGGUCCAGGAAGUCGAACCAGGGAGGGACUGCACAGUAGCAGAGGUCCAAUCUUAAUAUUAGUUUUAUAUAAAUAAUAUGGGUAAAAACUGUACUUAUGUUGAUGGAACAGCAGUACGAGCAAUGUCACGAAUAUCGAAUCAUGAUUUUUACCUUGUGACCAGUCAAAGAAUUAGCACGGAGAAGGUUACCAGGCCGAAGACGAUCAACUCCUUUUUAUUUGGGAUGGAACCGAGUUCUUCAGCACAAGAAGCAGAAACAAUACCUCUCAGCCAAUCGUUCAGCUCUAAUUGUAUUAAAAGUUACAAUAAUUACUCAAUUGAAUUUUAUAUAACCGUUAUGCAGCCGAUGACACUGGUACGGGUGCUUGUAUUUGGCGUUUCAAUGCCGAGAUUAUAACAAAAUACCCGAACUGGAUGAUUCGAUAGAUAAUGAGCUGUCAUUCUUUCGCCAUAGAUUCAAAGGUGUAUGUUUAAAGUUAAAUAGUCAAUUGUAUUUUAUAUAACCUUUAUGCAGCCGAUGUCACUGUCCAACUCCAGAGAACACCGGAAUUACCAUGUUGACGUACGUACAUCAGUUAGCUUACACAAACGUGCAUGGUGGUGGUGUUGUGGAUGUCGAUGAAUCGGCUUAAUUCAUCAGGUUUAUAUUUUCUAGAAUCAAUUACAUUGUAAUCAUAAUUAUAUGACCGCUUAUAUAUUUUGUGCAAACUACUACUACUGUUGAUUAGCUCAUGUUAUAGUCUAUGUUGACAUCCACAACACUCACUACGCCCGAAGGUCGUCAGCGAUGCUGGAGAACACAGCCCCACGACGCGCGCAACGGCAUCGCGUCGUCUAGCGCUCACAGGCAGAGGAGUUGGAUAAGGUAGCGCUAUUGAUUGAUUGAUUCCAUAAGACGACCCACCUCAAUGCUUGAAGUGUUUUACUACAGAUCAAUGAUUGCUCUCAUCAUUUACUCCAAUGGCUAGAUGAAUCUGUGAUAUGAGAAAUGAAAAAUGUAAGAUUAAGCUGUUCUUUUUGGGGUAAACUAAAGCUAGGUAAACAACGGAGGAGGUUAUCCAGGGUCGACAACGGGGUUUUAAUAAGUGGAUUAGUAAGUGUAUAUAUAUAUAAUGUUAUGUGUAUACUGUGCAAGCAAUCUUACCUUAUUCAGAGGAAGAAUCAACGUUUUAUUUUGGCAUUAUUUCUCGACCCUCACUACUGUGGACUCGUCCGAGGAGGUUCUCCAAAAAUUACACGAAGCCUCAUAAAGAUGGAAAAUACAAUAUGAAAGAAACAUAUUAGUUAUAAAAUGUAAAUGAGCAAUCUUAUUUACUAAUCACUACCGUUAGAAAAGCAAGACAGAAUAAUUAUAUAAUAAUAAUAAUAAUAUAUAAUAUAUAUUAUUAAUAAUAAUAUAUAAGAAUAAUAAUAUAUAAUAAUAAUAAUAAUAAUAACAAUAACAAUAAUAAUAAUUAUAAUAAUUGAUCUAACCAAUUGUUUAGAAGAAUUCUUUAGAGAAAUGUCCAUGGACAAUAUACGAAAUAUGUGUGUGGAUGAUGAGCUACCAAACCAGUCCGACGAUGAUAUUCCAUUCAAAUUUGAAAGGAGCAACCUACAACGAAUACGACUAUGGUCACUACCUGAUGACAUUAAGUCGAAUAUAAGGAUAGCGUGUUUGAAGGAGAAGAAGAACAAGAUAAACACAUUUAAUAUUGUAAAUAUUUCAUUUAAUAUUAAAUUACAAAGAUUGGAGCGGUGAGGAAGUUACGGGAAGACAGGCGGUGAAUUUCGGUCUGGGCUGACAGAAGGCCAUUGCCAUCCAGGUGUCAUUCGCCGACUCCCUAACACAGUAUUGAAUUCGGUGUCCGGUGUUGCCCACAGGCGAGACAUUCGAACACAAUCGGUUCACGGACACAACAAAGAUUAUAAAUACGUAAAACUUACAGCUACGGACUACCGCACAGCUACGGACUACCUUUAUUUCUUCAAUGCUCUCGACAACAUAAGCUUCGAGCCGAUGUCGGGAGACCAAGUUCUCAGGACAGCGAUCCCAACUUGCCCAUGUACAGGGUGGAGAGACCAACUGAUUGUUCGAUGGAGCCUGCAUCGAUGGAAACUGCUGUAGAACCGGAUGUGGAACCGGUUUUGGAAACUGCAUCGAUGGAACUGGCUGCGGAACCUGCAUCGAUGGAAAUUGCUCUAGAACCGGCUAUAGAACCGGCUGUGGAACCUGCUGUAGAGCCGGAACCGGCUGUGGAACCGGCAUCGAUGGAAACUGCUUUACAGAUUGAACCGACAGUGGAACCGGCUUUGGAACCUGCAACGAUGGAACCCAAUGCAAUCCUCGACGUAAAGGGAAGUGUAAACAAACUGAUCGAAAUUUGCGGGGAAAACCUGCCUUAUAUCGCAGGCCUUCGGGAAAAUGAUCGAAUUGCUCACGAAAAGGAAAGCGAGCCCUACGAGAUGCCGACCCUGCUGUUUUGCAAGGACGAGGUGAGAAUUUAAUAUUCUCUGCUGCAGUCAUAUGGUUGAUUCGCUGACGCGUGGAAAAACAACGAAGUAUGGGGGAAACAAUCGCAAUGAACUACUACGCCGAAGUUUCUAUUCAUUGAUAAUGUAGUUUCAUUUUUCACCUUAGGCCUAAUUAUUUAAUAAACAUAACCUGUUAAGGGCCUAAUUAAUUAAUUAAUUAGGCCUGGGCCGUAGGCCCUAUAUUGUCAGCACUAUAUUGUCAGCAAUCCAGUGGCCUAUCUAUAAUUUUGUGGGUGAGGGACGGUGGUCGUCGAAAUUAAUUUAUAAUAAAUAAGUCUUGGUAUUUAAUAUUAUUAUAAUUACAGGCUAUUUUUAUUUUCAGAUGCCCUUUAAAUACACACGAAAAACCGACUAUGCUUCAUGGUAUUUAAAAGCUAUGGGAGAGGCUGUAAAUUCAGUGAGACGAGGAGAAUUAUCAAUACGCCGUGCAGCUGCACAGUAUGAUGUGCCGACUUCGACAUUUGCACGAAAAGUGGCGAAAGCCGAAGGGGGAGGAGAAAUUGUGAUGAAACAAUUGGGAAGAAAUUCUGUGUUGGGAAGCACUUUUGAGAACCAACUUGAAUAACACAUCCUUGAAGUGCAAUCUCGUUGGUUUGGACUCACUAGACAAGAUGUAAUGGUGUCAGUUUGCUGUAACAAAUCAAAUAGAGCAUAAUUUCAACCAUGAAAAAAGCAAGCAGGGCGAUUCUGGUUUGAAGGUUUCAUGAAAGAAGAAGAAUACGAGGACAAACAUGCGAAGAAAAUUGGGACAACGACCCAUAUGAGUCCACCUUCUAAAUCAAGAAUACAUAUUUAUCGAAAAUUAUUUCUUUUUUAAUUGUUUUUGUCAGAGGAAUACGAGGAAGUUUUAAUUAUCCAAGCUAGACGACAAUAUUAAUUUAAAUUAAGAAAUUUUUUUAUGUCCAUACAAUGGGGCACAUAUCAAUAUACCAGAGGAAAACUUGUGCAGGCACUUAUAUUUUUGCGGUAUUAAAUAUGAUGGGCUAUUCAAAAUGGUCACCUACUUCUAUUCUAUAAACCAUUUACUAAAAUGUCGGAACCAUUGGUACAAUGCAGAUCCCUUUAGGGAGAAGAUACAGCCCAAAUUUUUAAACACACACCUGGAAAUGUGUCGGUCGAGAGGGCUGAAAAUAGACGAAACCACUAGAAAUAUUUAGAAUGAUCGACGCACCAACAAAUAAUAUAAAACACGAGAACGAGUCAUGAACAUUAAUUUGUAUCAACCUGUAAUGUACAACAGUUAAACUAAAAAAAGGGAAGUUAAACGAUAGUCUGGGCUCACUCUAACUACCUUUUUUUUCUAUCGUUUAUUUCGAAAUAAAAUGAGAAAAAUAAUGUUGAUACACUUCUGGAAUUUUUCCAAAUCAAGAGAUAUGCAGGUCUCCGCAUUGUCCAGAUACACUCUAAAAAAUAGGUGGUGAAUAUUUCCUGGUGAAAUAUUUUUAACACUUUCCUGGUCUAUUUUACCAAUGCUCCUGGUUAUUAACGCUAACCAAAAUAAUGUUAAAAUCCUACUCAACACAGAAUCUGGUGAAGAUAUACUCAUCUCAUUUCUGAUUGGUUUAUGAAUAUGUGACGUCUUAAGUGACAUCGUUUGUUAGCCAUUUUAUUUUUCGCGCUCAAAGUUUUCAUCACGACGACGCGGUAAACUUGAGGUCCGAUUGAUUGUUGUUCAAAGUGGUUAUUCUUGUUUUAAAAUGACGAGCUAUG